AUGAAAGUCAAAAACAUUCAUCUAGCUGGAGCCAUCACCAAUGUGACAUACUUCUCUAAUACUCUUUGUAAAUUAAUGUCAAAACACAGGAUGGACAAAAUUAUUCGCAGAAUGUCACAACAUUUCAAACCAGAGUACAAAAAUGCACAAAUUUCAAAUUUUGAGUUUUCCUGUGAAUCUGCAUGUACUAGUGUGCUAUUAGAAGGAGCACAUUCUAUGAUUGAAACAUCUGCUAUUUCUAACAUAUCUAUACCUACUCAAAUUGAGUGCAAACAUUCCAAUGUGGAAGAUUAUUGCCCAGGUUUGCUACAAUAUGACGAACAGACUAAAACCUAUUCUAUCAGGCUUUUAAGCAACAUUUAUGACAUGUAUUCAAUACAAGAUUUUGAGAUUUACAUCUUGAAAUUCAGCAAUUUAAUUGACACAUCAACAAUUGAUGUGAUCACAGAGGACAAUUAUGAACAUGUUGGUGUCACCGAGUUCAUUCGAUUCACCAACCUUGAAAUAUGGGCUGAUCCUACCACAAUUGAAACGACCAAUCACCAAUUCUUUGUAAAACUAGCUCUUGAAAAGGAAUUUCUGAAGUGCGAAUUCUUUUAUACACACAAAGGAAGCUAUUACAAAUCUAUUCUGAAAAUUGAAAGACACGGAAGAAUGGAAAGAAUCCCUGUCAAUGAUGCUAAAAAGAUAAUUUUCACAAAAGAAAACGACACAAGAACUUGGUAUGGUCUCGACUACACAACUUUCUUUCUAUUGUCCAGAAACAACAAGUCUUCCGUAAGGCUUAUCCAGAAACGUGCACAAAUGGAACUAGCAGAACAUAUUUACACCAAACUCAAACCAGAAAAAACAAAUGGUAAAUAUAUAUGUACUGGAAUGUCAUGUAUCAGUGAUGGUGAUAUUGAUCGUGUACUAAAAGAAGUGAAACGUCAAGAAGCUAAUUCAAGACAGUAA